CGAACGCCUUUUGUCCUUCGUGGUGGGCAUUAGAUCAUUGCGCUGUGAUCGGACGCGUGGACAUCGCUAUCCUAAUACUGUGAAUAGCGGGGAACUUGGCCAUGCCCUAUCCUCGUCGACUAUGCUGUUUGACCUGUUCUUGUUUUUGUGGCUGGUUGGUUGCCGAGGACGCCGAUGUCAAUGUCGAGGGCAGAAUCUGGGUUACUCGGGUUGCUUCAAGUCUGGUAUUGUAUCCGCCGGUUAUGUCCUAGAUCUCCACGGGGUUGUUGACAGCACCGCUUCCGAGGAAAAUGCGUUGCUUCAUGAUUUUAGAGGGGGCGAGGUGACCGCACUACCAUCUGGAAAGUGUAGCCCAUCGUGGGAGUUGCUGUGAACAGGUUUGCUUGGACUGAAUUACGGUAGUUCGCUGCGUGUAGUUCCAAGGGGUAUAAUCGAAGGUAGGAGACUGAUCGUUACUGGACCAUGGC